UCCACCUGAUGCUAAUUUUUUCUCAAAAGGUCCGCCACCACCUCCGCCAUCACAGCCGUUCUGUGGCACGCCAUUUCUGGGAAAAGAUGGGAAUAAACUCCCAAAACUGAAACCUCUCCACUGGGACAAAGUAAGAGCUCCACCUAAUCGUUCAACAGUAUGGGACCAGCUCCAACCUAGCUCAUUUGAAUUUGAUGAGGAAAAGAUGGAGUCGCUUUUCGGUUAUGACAACCUACAAAACUUUAUCAACGAGGAUGCUAAAAGCAAAUCUUCAUCUCCGAGGAAACAUGUUCUCGAGCCGAAGAGAUUACAGAAUAUAACCAUACUUUCAAAAGGUUUGAACGUCACUUCAGACCAAGUUUGUGAGGCUUUAUUAAAAGGAAAGGGGCUUUCUCUGAGAGAAUUGGAGGCAUUGGCAAAAAUGGUACCAAACAAGGAAGAAGAAGCCAAACUGAGAAGUUACAAAGGAAAAAUAAAUGAAUUAGGAUCAGGGGAGAAGUUUGUCAAGGCAAUGUUAGGGGUGCCAUUCGCUUUCGAGAGAGUUGAAGCCAUGCUUUAUCAAGAAACUUUCAGUGAUGAAGUUCUUCAUCUCCGAAAAUCUUUCUCAACGCUUGAGGAGGCAUGCAAGGAGCUGAGAUCGAGCAGGCUCUUCCUAAAGUUACUGGAAGCAGUCCUAAAAACCGGAAACAGAAUGAACGUAGGGACGACACGAGGCGGAGCAAGAUCAUUCAAACUAGAUGCUCUCCUGAAGCUGGCUGAUGUGAAAGGAACUGAUGGCAAAACCACACUCCUCCAUUUCGUCGUCCAGGAAAUCAUCCGCUCCGAAGGCCUCAAAGUCUCUCAGAGUAUAAUGGGAAAGAUUGAACCCACUGACUACAGGAAGAUGGGUCUGGAUCUAGUCUCCAGCCUCAGUAAUGAGCUCUGUAAUGUGAAGAAGACUGCCACCAGCGUUGACAUAGACGUGCUCGCUAAUUCUGUCCUUAACCUUUCUGUCGGAUUGGAAAACAUAAAGAGGCUCUUGAAUAAGGACUUGGUAGGUGUGGAGGAAAAAGAUGGCAUCUUUCUGCAGUCUAUGGGGUUGUUCUUGAGUUAUGCAGAGAGGCUGUUGAAGGACUUGAAGGAAGAUGAGAAGAGGGUGCUGUUGAGGGUGAGGGAGAUCAGGGAGUAUUUCCAUGGAGAUGUGAGGGGAGAUGAAUCAAGCCCCUUGAGGAUUUUCAUGAUUGUCAGAGAUUUCUUGGGUAUGUUAGAUCAUGUUUGUAAAGAGCUUAGAAACUCAAAACCUUCAACUGCUCAUCCUAACCCUUUAUUAUUAUCUCCAUUCAGGUAGUGCCUGAUGUAGUUAGUUUGGGCUGGUUUUGUCAAUAAUUUAUUCCUUUUUUUGUGUGUCGGUUGUGUAUAUUUAUAUUAAUCAGGUGAUGUUUAUCAAGACUAAAUUAAAGAUGUUUUCAUUUAAACCCAAAGUUUGUUUUCUAGUAUUAUUUGGUUGUUGUACCAAGCUUCCCCAAAAAUAGUGCAAGCAAAAAAGACCGCACUAGAGAUAAAACCGUGCUCAUUCUAAAAAUUUUUGAGUCCCGUGAAAGUAAAUGUUGUAACAAACACCUAUGGAGUUCAAAAAAAUAAGACCAUAUGACCAUGCAUCUCAAAGGUAUAUAUGCUAGGGAUGAUAGGCUCAAAGAAAUAUAGUACAUCCAAUAGAGCAAUUCUUAUGAGAAUAAUGUGUAAAAAAUAAAGUGAAGGUGCACUCGAUGUGUAUAGCGUAUACUAUCAGUGGCGUGGGACAAAAAGUGAUGUUCUAUGCUAUUCAAUUUACAUAAAGGAUUCAUUGAGUGAGACACUUUUUUACAUGAAAUGGGAAUCGAACAUAAGAGCUCAUAUGCAAUUGAAUGGUGCAUAAGAAAAAAACACUAAGAUGUGUACAUGACCUCGCCAUUAAGAAUGAAUAUACACGAACUCAAUAACUCAAAAUAGAACCAUGAAGCCGGGAUGUAGUAGAAGCUAACCAUCAUGUAAAAAACAGAAUAUGAUCAUUAAAACACAAAGACAAGCUUGGGGUGCCCCAACCAAAAGGUAUACAAUUGUUCAAACAUUAGGGUGUCCCCGUAGAAGUAAUAAAUAUGACAAAAAAACCAAUAGGUAUGCAUCAAUUCUUGAUCAGACUUCCCAAACCUGAUGCUUAAAAUGUUACAGCUUCACACAUAUUCUUAGUAAAGUGUAACAGGUCUCUUCAAAAUUUACUCUUCUAUACUUUCUAAUAACAAAUCCAGAUCGUCUUUCUCUAUGACAGAUGUGCUACAGGCAAAAUAAAAGGGGAUUUAAAAUUAAAUGACAUUGUCUUAUCAUCAAGCAGUGUGUCAAAAAGUGAUUCACUAGAGGGCAUUUUGCAAGUGUUUUCAUAAACUAGAGACUAUAUUAUCCAAAAAGUACAGUGUAUUUUUGCAAGGAUAACAUUGUCAUCCAAAACAUGUCAAAGACUUGUUUAUUGCCUACUCGGCUACUCCUAACACUAGUUUGUCCACCCAGCACAUAUGUGAGACCCAUAAGCCACCAAUAGUGUAUUAGUGGUACUAAUGCCCCAAACUUUUAGUCCAUAUAAAACACAAAAUAAACUAACUACAAAAAAUGAAUUUGUCAACUUUAGCUAACACACUUCCAAUGAUCCCAAGAAAAUAUUUUGGGAAAAGUACGGAAAAGGUACUUGUGGUUGGGCCCACUUUCAGAUAGGGUCAUGUGUUUCAUUUUUUUAUCAAAGCGGUUCAUGUCAAUCAUGUGUUUGAGCUCCAUUAUCACAAGAGGGUCACACCAUUAAAAACGCCUGAGGAAGACGAUGAACACUAACUCCAAUUUUCAAAAGUGUCCGGAAAAUUAAAAGAAAAAUAUCGGAAGGUACGCCGAUGACCUCCAAAUCAGCUUUGCCUUUGGAUUUUUUCGGAUUUUUUAAAAUGAAUUCGCUAAUAUCAUUUUUCUGGUGGACUUUCCAGUGACAAGGAUGGCUGGAAACGAAAAAGAAAGAUGGUCUAGAGGUACUUUUGAUUUUUUUUUUUAUUUUCCGGGCACUUUUGAAAAUCGGAGUUAUUGUUAAUCGUCUUUCUCCAGCGAUUUCUAAUGGUGUCAAGCGCCAUGACCCUCUUGUGAUAACAGAGUUCAAACACAUGAACCACUUUGAUAACAAAUGAAACACAUGACCCUAUCUGAAAACGGAUCCAACCACGGGUACAUUUUCCGUACUUUUCCCAAAUAUUUUAUCAAGAUAUCAAUAAAAGACACAUUAGUCAGUCAAUGACCCGACUUGAUUCUGUAUAUGUUCCAUAUAAUUUUCUCUAACCUUUGGUUACAUAGAUAUAGUAAUUAUAAUAAAAUCCCCAUAUUAUUUUCUCUAACCUUUAGUUAAAUAGAUAUAGUAAUUAUAAUUAAAUGAAUAUAGCAUUCAUACACUUACUAAUCAAAACCAUUGUAGUCAAAGUCGUGAGGCGCACUCAAGGCGCUAGAGUAUUUAUAUCGCCUGAGGCGCAAGGCGCAAAAAAGCGCUUGCCUGACUCAUGUCAAGCGCACUUUGUAUAAAAUAUUAUGUAUACUAUUCUAGAGUGAUCAAAUAUGACAUAUUCAACAUCAUAUUGAACUAAAUGCAUUAAAAAGUCAUGUCUCUCAAUAGCUGGUUUUGAGGUUUGAGGAUUGGGGUAGCAUAAAUUGUGUAGUGUAUGAAACUAUUAAUUAAGUUAGAUUAUAUGAAGUUUAAUAAAAUUAUAAUAUGAACUGAUAAUAAGAAGAUAUAUAUAGUUAUAGACUGCAUAUAAAGUAUAGAAGAUAUAAGAAGCAAAGAGAGCUAUAAAGUGUAGAAUAUAUAAGAAGCAAAGAGAACUAUAAAUUAUAGAAUAUAUAAGAAGCAAAGAGAAAUAUAAUAUGUUUGAGUUGUAUAAAAUAUAUAAGAAUAAAAGAGAACUAUGUUACUAUAGAAGUAAAGGAUGAAGAUAGAUUGAAAGAAUAAAAAAGAAAGGAUCAAUGAAGAUGACAAAAUAAAUGAAAACUAUAAUCUGAAAAAGAAAAAUGAAAGAACAUGGGAAGAUGAUGAAAAGAAAGACACCUUAUGGGUUUCUGACUUCUGUGGGUUGAUCAUUGAAUGUUGUUUCAGCGCUGAACUAGUUGCAUGAGUAGAGCAUAGCAGAAGUAACGAUGAAGUCACGCUAUAGAAGUUAUUUUACCGUGACUUAGAAGUUAGAAGGGCUUAACAUGGGUUUAAGUUAUUUUGACCUGUUAUUUGAAUGGGCAAAAUCUUAUUAUAAGUAUGGGCUUGUUAUUUAAAGUAGGACCAAACAAAUAAAUAGGCUGCUACUCCUUUCCCAGGCCAGGCGACUGAAGCGUGCGCUUUUUUGCGCUUAAGGCCUUCACCGCUUCUGCGCUUAUUGCGCCUCACUUGCGCUUCACUCAGUUGGCUGCGCCUGGGACUCUAACAGUCGCUGACUCUCAUAUGCGCCUCGCCUGGUGCGCUUAAGCGCUCAGGCGCGCGCUUUUGACUACCCUGAUCAAAACUUAAUUGGUAUUACUAUAAGUCACCAUGAAUGUUCCUAAAUCUUAAUCAAAUUUUGUUGACAAUCAUGUGCAAUGCUUGCAUAUAGGAAAGAGUAGGAUUGGGCAUAUCAAUUUCAGUUUGGUUAUUUGUGAUUCGUGUCUGAUUUAAUUUGAAACGGAUUAGAAGAAAGAUUAUCAGACAACAAUCACACAUAGUACGAUUUUUGGAUUUUAUUCAGUUCCAGUUAGUUCGAUUUGAUUCGGUUAGUAUUUGUUAUUUUUAAUAUAUAUAUAUAUACUCCCUCCGGUUUUUAAUAAACUUCACACUUUCCUUUUUGGGACGGUCUAAAAUAAACUUCACACUUCCUUAUUUCCUUUUUUGGCAAAGAAAUCUACAUUAAAACAGUGCCAAACAGUAUCACAACAUAGCCAAACAGUGUCUCAACAGUGCCAAACAGUGUCAAACAGUGCCUCAACAGUGUACUCUACAGUAAAGUCAAAUUUCUUUCCUUAUUUUGUGUGAAGUCAAAGUGUGAAGAUUAAAUAAAACCGGAGGUAGUAUAUAUCACUACGGGUCAUCCGGAAACAGUCUCUCUGUGCUUUAGUAUAGGGGUAAGACUGCGUACAUCCGACCCCCCUUACCCCAUCGUAGGUGGGAGCCUUUGCGGCACUGGGGUUGAUGAAAAUGAUGAUGAAAUGAUAUAUAUAUAUAUAUAUAUAUAGAGGAAACUUCAUGUCAGGCCGGCCUGACAAGCUGUUCCGUCCGGCCGAGCCCGUUUGGGCACCUUCCAGGUGGAAUUUUUUGAUGAAAUUUUUUGAGCAUGUUCCUCAUCAAGUCUAGUUUGUC